AUUAGAGCAAAAAUGGAGUAAGGUGACUAUGUGGUAGGUGGUUGAUGAAUCUGGGCAAACAAGGGUAAAAGCUUACAUGAAAGCUUGUUGUUACCCCGCAAAAAUCCCCGGGUCUCUCUUUAUCUUUCAAGCUUCGACUUGUCUUCUUUUUCAAACUUGGGAUACGAUUUUGCUAGUAUUAGCUUGCUAAACCAAAGUUCCUGUACAUGCAUUCCACGCCUUACAUCGAGAAAGUUCAAGCUGAGAUGCUUGAAGCAAAGCUUGCGGAGGCCGAGAAAUCGGGAGAGACGGAGUUAUCCCAGGAAGAUGCUGCAAUGACAAGAAGAGUCCUUCUGAAGCUUGAUUUUAGGUACAUAUUCUGUCUCAUCCCGUCAAAUAAGGAUUCUACUGAUGCUCGGCUGUUCUCAGAAUUCUUCCAGUCCUCGCGGUUUUGUUUCUUUGCUCGUUUCUGGACCGCACAAAUGUUGGGAACGCGAAAACAUACGGGUUGGAGAAGGACCUGAAAAUGAAUGAUCAUCAAUACGACGUUGGACUCACCGUUUACUAUGCAACAUACAUCGCGAGGUAAGCUCCCACAAUCUACAUGGUCUAUUGAUUAGUUGAAAUUGGUCGCUGACAUAGUUCUGCGUGAAAGUGAGAUACCAAGUAAUCUUAUUCUCAAGAAGGUAUCACCAAAAGUAUGGCUUCCAGCUCUGACAGUAAUGUGGGGUAUUGUGUGCAUGUGUUUGGGUUUCGUCCGUAACUAUACCGGGUUCGUAAUUAUGAGGGCAGUUUUGGGACUUGCAGAGGGUGGACUUCUUCCCGGAAUUGUAAGUCUCACCGUUUAUUCACUCCAUGUUACAUCCUAACAUUUCUAGGUCUUAUAUCUAUCACAUAUUUAUACCCGUGGAGAAAUGGCCCUUAGACUCGGUUUGUUCUACACAGCUGCCUCACUCAGCGGAGCUUUUGGUGGAUUACUGGCUCGAGGACUUACGUCAAUUGGAAGACGAGGGGAGCAAGCCCAAUGGACCUGGAUUUUGAUCAUUGAGGGACUUAUAGUAAGUUUGAAACCAGUGUUAUGGAAAAUGCUAAUUCUCACAGACUGUUGUUGCUGGAGUGGUAUCCUAUUUUCUUCUGCCCAACUCCGUACAAACCGCAUCCUUCCUCAAGCCCGAGGAACGUAUUUUCGCGCGCUCACGGUUGAAUCUCGAUGUCCCCUCGAGAUUAGCAGAAGAAGGCAGCGAAUACCAACAAGAAGGUUUUCAGUGGUCCGAAGUCAAACGAGGAGUUCUCAAUAUCUCAACUUGGCUCUCAGCAGCUGCGUAUUUCGGUAUUCUCGCUGGCCUCUACUCGUUCGGACUCUUCCUCCCCACCAUAAUCGUCGAAUUGGGUUACACUGCAAAUGAAGCCCAGUUGUGGUCUGUCAUUCCAUAUGCUGUUGCAUCUGUCAUCACCGUAUGCGUGUCUAUCAUUUCGGAUCGUCUCAAGCUUCGAGGGGUGAUCAUGCUGUUUGUUCUGGUACCCGCUAUAAUCGGUUAUGCUGUGAUAGCAAAUAUCAGUAAUUCGCACCCAAAAGUCAAAUAUGGUAUGACUUUUCUCAUGGCUACGGGAAUGUAUGCCAGUGUUCCUUGCGUGUUGGUAUGGAACUCAAAUAAUUCGGCGGGUCAUUACAAGCGAGCUACGACGACAGCACUUCAACUUAUGAUCGCUAAUAGUGGAGGAUUUGUGGCAGCCUUUAUCUAUCCAAAGAGAGAUUCUCCUACAUUCCAUAAGGGAUAUACAGUUAUCCUUGGAUUGCUAGUAUUUGCUUGGUUCAUGUAUGUAUCCCCUUCCGUCCAAAAAGGUUCAAAUACUAAUUAGAAUAGGGUUCUAUUCAACGUGCUUUAUUGCGCGAAAGUCAACAAAGACAAAGCGAAUGGAAAAUACGACAAGUACAUUGGCUAUGCAGAUGACCGAGAUCCGGAUUUUAAGAUGGUUCUUUAGACGAAGGUUUGACUGGCCAAAGGAUGAGCAGGACUCACGAGUGAGCAAGACUCGGGAUAGCGUGUUAUUUUUGAGCUUACCCAAAAGUAUGACCAACCGUAGUUACGCGAUCGAGAAUAAUGGCAGAUCUAUUUACUAAAAGCUAUAGAAUCACCUAGACUUAGACGUAUUUUAGACUUAUAUAAAUACUAAGCUUCUUAGCUUAGUUCCCGCCAG